AUGAGCAUGCCAAUGGAAUGGGACGAACCCGAGACGGAGGUGGUACCGUUGGACUUGACCACGAAGAAGGAGGAUAACUACGCCGUCCCAGAUGCGGAGGCGGAACGUGAUAGCCCAGGAAAAUUGACGGAUGAUGCACCAUUGUUGCAAUCGAGCGUUAAAAAAGGCGUUGAAUCGAUGCCACUGAACUUGAGCGACAGAACAGCAUUUCCGUUACAACCGCCACCGACGUCCGCGAACGUUACUCAACGUGCUACAGUGGUGACGCUGUCGCCAAAGGUGCAGGACGAAUCAUCGUCGCCACCGCAGCCACAAUGCAAGGACCACUGGACGCCGGCCACGCCGUCACCCAUGAUGGCCACGGAACACUUGACACCACUGCAUGGGACGUAUGCCGACCCCACCGCUUACCGGCACAUGGUCGUGUCGUCCGCAGCCGUUCCCGAGUACAACCCAUUCCCGCCUGUACUUCCAACGUUCAGGGCUACUCAGUUUCAUCAACACAACCGGAUCCAACACCAGCUAACACAUCUGCACAUGCAACAGCAGCAUCUGCUCAAUCUGCAGCAGAAUCUCCACAAGCAGCAAAAGCUCCAGCUGCAGACUGCGUACGGUGGUGUCCCCCUGGACCAUGCGUCGAUGAUUUCAAGCAUCCCAGUGUACACGGCUACGUCAUCGCCGUCCUCGUCCGUAUCCAACCACUUACCGAGACCAACCACUGACGACCAUUACCACUUCCAUCGCCAGCAGCAGCAACUGCAGCGUGGCCUAGACCGUGAGAACCGCCAACACCUUGAGUCGUGCGCGAGAAGCCGGCAAUCGGACUUCUCGUCAAUCCGGUACCAGUACAUGGAGAGCUUGGAGCCGCCGAUGAACGUCGAGAAAACGAGGCAGACCACCAACAACAACGACAACAACAACAGCAGCCGUAGCAGCAACAACAACUAUGACGAACAAGGGUUGACGCCAGGGCAGCAGCACUAUGACCAGACUUACGUCAUGGACUUGCAGAGGAACAACGAAUUGGCAAGACGGUUGCAGGACGCCAAGCGGCAGAAGUACGUCGAGAACCAGAUCAUCGUCAUGUACCUGACCAAGAAGGUAAAAAAGAUGGAGGACAUCAAGAGACGGCUGCUAAUGGCCAACAGUAAUAUACUUUCCGAGUUGGUGUAG